AGGAGUUCGGCAAGUCUGCACCAAGUACAGCUGGGAAGCUGUACUAUUACCUUUGCAGGUGAAGCUGAAAAGACAACACUGAUUUCACAAUGGGCUCCAUCAGUGAAGCAAAUGCAGAAUUUGCUUUUGAUGUAUUCAAAGAGCUGAAAGUCCACCAUGUUAACGACAACAUCUUCUACUCCUCCUUGAGCAUCCUUUCAGCCCUGGCCAUGGUCUAUCUGGGAGCAAGAGGUAACACUCAGUCUCAGAUGCAGAAGGUUCUUCACUUUGAUAACGUCACAGGAGUUGGAGACACUAUUGACUCUGAGUGUGGCACUUCUGAAUACAUCCAUAAUGCAUUCAAGGAUCUUCUCUCAGACCUCACCAUGCCGAAUGCUACAUACUUACUGAAGAUGGCUGACAAACUCUAUAUUGAAAAAACAUACCCCAUUCUUCCGGAAUACUUAAAGUGUGCAAAGAAAUUCUACAAAGCAGGGAUGGAAGAAGUUGACUUCAAAACAGCUGCAGAGGAAGCAAGACAGCUUAUUAAUUCUUGGGUGGAGAAAGAGACAAAUGGACAGAUCCAAGACUUCCUUGUGGCAGGCUCUGUUGAUCCAGAUACUACACUGGUCCUUGUGAAUGCCGUUUACUUCAAAGGGAUAUGGAAGACAGCAUUUAAAGAAGAAGACACUCGGGAAGUGCCCUUCAGUGUGACAGAGCAAGAAAGCAGACCUGUGCAAAUGAUGUGUCAGAACAGUACCUUCAAAAUGGGAACUGUGCCUUCAGAGAAAAUUAAGAUCCUGGAGCUGCCGUAUGCCAGUGGAAAGCUGAGCAUGCUGGUGCUGUUGCCUGAUGAUGUCUCUGGUCUGGAGCAGAUUGAGAAAAAAAUUAACUUUGACAAAUUCAAGGAGUGGACCAGUCCCAGUGUUAUGGAAAAGAAGAGAGUGAAAGUGUACCUCCCAAAAAUGAAGAUUGAGGAAAAAUACAACCUCAUAGCUGUGUUAAAGGCCUUAGGUAUGACUGACCUGUUCAGCUCUUCAGCUGAUCUGUCUGGCAUCUCUUCCGCAAAGAGCCUGAAGAUAUCAGAGGCUGUCCAUAGGUCAUACAUGGAAGUCAAUGAAGAGGGCACUGAGAUGGGUGGCUCAGCAGAUGUGAUUGGAGACAUCAAACAAUCUUCUGAGUUUGAAGAGUUUAAGGCUGACCGCCCUUUCCUUUUCUUCAUCAAACAUAAUCCAACCAACAUCAUCCUUUUUGUUGGUAAAUAUUGCUCUCCCUAAGAAAAAAAGGAGCUGGAAAUAAAGCUUGUCUUCCCCUCAGAAACAGAUCCCCUUUACUGUAGGAUUGUAGUAUAAUCUCAUCUCUUCAAUAUUUUCUCCAAAUGGAAAGCCUUCAAUAUCUAGUGAGAUGUCCUUGAAGAAGUGUAUGACUUUUCAGAUGUUUAGGUGCAGGUAUUUCUGCUCACACCACUUGUAUUCAGGACUUAUAUCCAAGAUUGAAUGAAAAUUACAGGAGAUAGUUUAGGAAUAUCUCCCAUCACCAUUGAAUAACUUGAGAGACAGGCUAGUGUUCUGACUUUUGUGUGAAAUACUUCCACUUUAAUUGACAAUCUGGUUUCUGUAUAGGAGGUUAGUGAAAGAAACACAGCUUUCAGAAUAACCCAGUUCCUUUCUGGACAGCCACCAUUGAAUUGAUGCCUGGGAAACUUGCAGACAUAAUCUGUGCUUUAGCAAAGCAUUCUUCUUCCAGGAAUGCAUGUGGGCUUCUUUGUGCUGCAUGUUAGUAUAAGGCUGUGUCUCUCUGUGCCUGUGUCUGUCUCUCUUGUUCUGAAGAAACAUCUAGAAAGUCUACCAUUUCUUCAUAUAUUAUCAUCUCCAAAUACAAUAUCUUCCUGACAGAUAUAAUUUCCCAUCUUCAUUGCAGUGACAUACCAUUGAUUUUGUGAAUGUUAAUUGGUGGUCCUUCUAUUUAUUCUAAUAAAAGCAUUGCAAAAUAAACAUGUCAUUGUCAUUACCUAUUCUGGGUUACUGCACCACACAAGCUGAAACAUACGAUAUAGUGGGUAGUGGGACAGAAGUAGGUUAGAAUAGGAUUCGGAUCUUAUUUUCAAAACCAAAAUGUACCCAUAUAGCCACUAAAGAGCUUUUGAGCUUAAGCAAGGUAAACCCUAUAGCUCCUUUUCUUACCUUCAGCUUAUGUCCAUAUGGCACAUCAAUAACUAAUUUUGCUAUUGUAUCCCCAGACAGCUUUAAAAGACUUCCUCUGUAA